AUGUUGUUCAAUGGCUUAAAUAUAAAAUAUGAAAACAGUCGUAAAAUGACAUCGAAGUAUGUCGAGAGAGCUUUGCUGAAGAUAACAAAUGGCACUCCCAAACAAAUCUAUAACAUCUUGGUAGAAAUUCGAACCAAAGUUGUCAAGUCUUCUACCGGUGUUCGUGAGCUAAUUCGACAUGGGUUUGUUCACAAAGCUCUUUACUUGUUAUCCGAUGAAAUACGGCAAAACCAGCUUCCACAUACAACUGAUAUCGUUCUCAGUGUCCUUGGCAAUCUAUGUAUGGAAGAAAAUGCCAGGAAAGAUGUACAUCAGAGUGGGGGUAUAGCAACCUUAGCGGACUUGUUUUGCACCUCAGAAUCUGUCAGCAUUCAGGACCGUAGUUGUAGGGCCUUGUCAAACGCAGCAUUGUUGCCUGUGAAUGCUGAAGCUGUACAUGGCACUGACACUGUGGAUCAUGUGGUGGAGCUCCUACAACUGGAACCUACCAAGGAGAGCAAACUCAUUUACUGUAGAAUUAUUAGAUUACUUGGCAAGACACAGAAACACCAAGACAAACUGGUUGCUGGUGAUGCUGUGCGAUGUGUGGUGAAACUGCUGUUGGAUGAUGACAAAGAUGUUCAGAGUGCAGCAUUGAGGAUGGUGUUUGAGACAUCCAGCCAAGGGUGCAGCAGUGGGUUUGCCAGUCAAGUUGUCAGUGCUGGGGGUAUUGCUGAGUUAUUGUCAAGGGUAACAGUUGAAGACAGUACUGCCGCUCACCAGUCCUUUACAACUCUCAUACGAUUAGCUGAUCAUUCUCAUGCUCGGGCUGAGCUGGGCAAUGCUGGUGGCAUUACAAAAUUUAUAGGCUUCUUUCAAGGUAUUGGUAACUUUGAUAAAGACAAAAGGUUUUCUGUCCUUAAUGUUUUGUGUCUUUGCUGUAAGGAUGUAGUGAACCGUGUGAAGAUUCGAGAUAACAGUAUACUGCCAAAGUUCCUGGAGUGUCUUAAAGACACAGAAUACAAACGUUUACAUGAUCGUAUCAUCAGUGCUCUGCUGUGUUUUUUGUAUGAUGAAUCCAGUUUAGAACUUUUACUUCAAGAUGGUCUUAUACCACUUUUACUAUCACAUUUGCAACGAGUAGCAGAGUUCACUUCAACUGUGGUGAGGCUUGACGAGGAAGUGGCCAAUCUGGAUACAAUAUCUGAACAUGUUUCAGCUGAACAGGACAACUCAGCUGACGAUCAACAGACUGGACUAGGUGAUUCCUCAAAUGAAUGUCAGACACAACAUAAAAUUAUAGCAGAAUGUGAGGGACAGACAGAAUCUGUUCUGACCAGAACUGAACAGGAACCGUUGAACGUAGAUAAAGAUUCUACUGAGGAGCUUACAAUACAGACAGAUAAGAAAUACCAUUACAGUAUUGAUAGUCCAACUUACCAAGUGUCAUCAGAGUGGAACCUUGAUGUCUAUAGUCAGGGAGCCAAAUGUAAAUCAUUCAACCAUGGAGCAUCUUCCCCACAGUACCCCAGCAUUAGUCCCUUAAGUACCAUCUCCUAUUACUCUCCAAGCCUGUCCCCAGGAGACUACAGCCCUACUAGUCCUGUAAUGUCCAAGGUCAAUGAAGACCCCAACUACGGAUUGGUCUUUAGUUUGCCCUUUUCUUGUAGCAGUCCAGAGAAACAUUCAAGUCCCAGUAAUACAUCAGGGAUGUCCCCUGGUGCUUCUGAACACGAGUUUGAACACAAUUCCAAUGCUCCUAUGGUUUAUUCAGAUGAAGAAGAUAGCCAAGAGGCCACAUCAAUUGAUACAUUGCCGUUUCGGUGUGAAAAUGCAGAACAAACAACAGAAGCCUCGGGUAUGGAAAACAUUCCACAGAAACAUGAAAACAUUAGUGACUGCAAUGUUGAAAAGAUUGAAUCUUCUGAUAAAACUGAUGAACAAAAAGAAGACCCGUUAUAUUGCUCUCAGGGAUUUGAUGUAGACAUGAAUAGUGAAAACCAGCAGGUCAGUGGUCACUUGUCGCACAAGAUUCACUUCGAUUUGGGAGAAGAGACCAUCAUCAUUGGACCACAUAAGAAAAAUAAGUUACCUCCAACUUCUCCUGAAACAUUACUUAAACAUAAUGUACCAAAGAAACCCAGGUUAUCAAUAACAUGUAGAAAGUCUCCAACUGCCACUGAAAAUCACAUCCUGAUGAUCCUUUCAUUUGUGUCGCAAAUGCCAGACCCAACAAAGUAUUUAGUUUCUACAGAGGUUCUUUGCUGUCUGUUAGACUACAUUAGCUGUGUACGGAUUGGUGAAACACGAGCUGCUAGACUUCUUUGUCGACUAGCCCGAAACCCUAACUGCUUUGAGAAAUUGAUCCAGUUAAAUCUACCAUGGAUUGUGUAUGACAAACUCCUUUCUCAAGAAGUUAAUGACCAGUGCUGGAUAAAAAUUCUUCAAGCGGAACACUCUGGUCUAGGAAAUAGAACAAACAAAGGUCAGAGAUCACAGUCAUUGAGUUUCUGUUCAGAUGAUUCAACAUUUUUUGAAGAAGACACACAUAGUCAGGUGCAAGACUCUGUCACAAGCGUAAUUGAUUGCAAUCUUAAAUCACCCAACACCAUUAUCUCUAACAAAUCUUCAUUUAACUCUUCCUGUCAGAAUGUUUCAAGUGAAGGAAGUGUAACAGAAGAAGAAGAGGAGAUACUACUAUCCAGCAGAGCAGGGAUAACUGUACUGCAAGACUUAUGUCGAAUGGCUGACAGUCCAUAUGGAAGAGGUGUUGUAGCUCACAUUUUAUCUAAGCAGACAGUGUCACAGAUGCAUAUCCUGGUCAGUCUUCUUCAUAUAUUGUGGGCAAGGGGUAUGUGGAAGUUCUACUUUUUCAAGAAAGGGUUGUGGAAGGAAUAUGUGGACAUCCUUACUGCUGGAUCAAGUCAUCCUUACCACAGAACUAUCCUAGAGGCAUUCUGCUUUCUUGGGAAAAUCAUCAACUUUGACAUUAAAUUGAAAAAUGAGCAUUGUGAGAAACUGUUUGUCACCAGUGUCAAUGUAGCUAAUGAAAAUAUUCAGCGGGGCACGUGUCGGCAUAAGUCUCAUAGUCACGAUAUAAAGUUCUCUGUACAUGACACAGGAUCCACCAUUCCUGCCAGUAAGGAGAGAUUAGCCAAGGCAUCACCACUGUUUGCAGCCAUGUUACAGGGACAGUAUUCAGAGUCUACCCAGAACACAGUCACAUUAAAUGAUACCUCCUAUUAUGCUGUGCAGUUUGUUGUACACUUUCUUCACGGAUGUGAUUUAGAGUGUGAUGUCAUUGCUAGUAUUCUUACCUGUGAACCUGGUCUGGACACAUGGUCCCAGUGUGUAGAGGUCCUGACACUUGUUAACAGGUACCUUGUCACAGACCUAGAGCCAUUCCUAAAGUCAGUGCUGUCCUCAAGAUUCCUGGUACCAUUGGUGGCCAGUAGCACCUACGGUUUUGCCAAACUUCAUGGAUAUGAAGUUCUGGCAAGUGACUGUGUUAAAACUGUACUGGUUGGUGGUAAAUGUGUAAGUGAUCGUAUCAGAGGUUUCAGUUUGUUUCUGAAUGGACCAAAUUCUGAAAUGUUUUUGUCUCAUUUGGAACAAUUAUUCCAAUCAAGUAUUCAUUAACACUAACGAGUACUUUCUAUGUACAUCAAGUUCAGGAUUAUAUUGGAAGGUUAAGCCUUACAGUUAUUUAAAUGGUUACGUAUAAUUUCAAUGAGUUACAAAUAAAGAAAUGUCUGGGUUAUUGAUGAUUUACUAGCGGUACACUGUGAUGAAAGUCUUUCAAAUUUGUUAACAUGAAUGAUUUUGACAUACUCAUGAGGAUACCUAUGCCAAAUUUGUAUGAAACUAUGUAAUCUGAAUAAGCAAUAGGCCUAGAAUUAUGAUGUUUGACGAUCAACGUGGGACUGAAAUACUACAAAUUAUAUGACUUAGGCCCUUUCAAUGUGAAAGGCAUGUAAAAGCAUAAUGUGUAGGCAAUAUGUUUCAGAAGACAAAUUAAAUGCUAAUGAUUAUAACUUAGAGGAAAAAAAGACAUUUUCCAAGAUCUAAAGUCAAAGGGGUCAUGUAAUGUAAAAAUGUUCAAAUUAUUUUUUAUGGAGAACAGAAAAGUAUGAGAAUGGUACAUCUUAUUAAAUGAUUAACUGGUUUAUGAUAUACAAAAAAAUGUAUGUAAUUUUAAUUUUGUAUGUGAUCAUAUUGAAUCCUUAAAGUGUUUAUUCUGUGUCGAUAAAAGUGACUACAUGGAAUGAUUCACAAAUUUCACAAUAUUAUAAUCUUACCAUCAAGAAUGUGAACCUUGAUGAAUAAGUUAAUGCUGGAAAAAAUAGCUGUACUUUUCCAACAAAACAUAUUUAUCCAUAUUAACAAGGACCAUAUUCCUUGCUGCACACUUUGAUGAUACCAAAGAAAGUAAAACUGAUUAUUCAACUAUUACUGUGUAUGAUUCUGUCAUACAGAUAUAUGAUUGAUGGUAUUCAUGUUUAUGACUGAAAGUAUGAUUGAGAUAAUGUUAGAGAUGUAUUU